AUGUCUCCAAACUACCGCGAUACUUCCAAUCCAUCAAUGGUAGAGUCAGUCGUUACUGCGAAAAAACCUCUUAUUCAGAGCAACCAUAAUACGAUCGAGAAAACAAAACCGAAAAAUUAUGUGUACGGUAAUAGACCGAAACGAACGCCUAAUAAAUCGAAAGAAAACGGUCAAAACUCGGCAAAACACGACAAGACAAAACGUCAAGGAGUAAGCAAUAACGACUAUAAAAAUACCACCUCUAUUUGCAAGCAUUACAGAAUUAUCAGAACAUCCUACGAAACCGAAAAACAUAAUCAACAACAGAAAACGACCGAAUCAAAUACGACAAUAACACGCAAAAUAGAUUAUUCUCGGUCAGAUUUUGAAGCAAAUGAUGGCAUAGACGACGUAGGAAUGAGAUGUUUCUGUUGGAAUACUACUGUCUUUGUAAGCUUAUGA